AUGUUUAGAGACUAAAAUAUAAUUGAUUUUAGAUAUCUUGUUCUACUACUCACAUGCACUACUGAUCUCUUAUUUUUUAUGAUUGAGACUUUUAAGCAAGAGUUUCAUACAAAAUAAGCUAUUUGGAUUAAUUUCUCCAUGUAUAUUAUACUUUUAAGUAAAUCAUUAGUCUUAUAUUAGCUUUGUAUCUCUGUUUUUAUUUUUUAUUUAAAAAAAGAAGGAGAAACUAAACUUUUUUAUUAGAUUUACUAUUCUUUUGUUAUUUCAUUUCCAAGUGCUUAUAUUAAACAAUUUAUAUACAGCCUUCUGAUUAUUUUGGGAUUAUUUAUUUACUCAUAUUUUUUCAUCUAUUUUAAGGAACUUUUAAAUAGCAACAUAUUAAAAUUAUACUUCCAUUUAUUUUGUUCAUACAUAUUGUUUAUCAAAUUAAUUAGGAAAAAAAUCAAAAUCAAAAUUCCCAUUCUAUCUCAUUCCUAUUUUAAAUCUUAUUUUUGAUAAUUGCUUUACUCAAUGAAUUUUAAAUCUAAUUAUCGAACAUAUCAUUAUAAAAUCAAUCAAUUAAUAAUUAAGAGUAAAUAGGCAAUUAAUUAGAUUAUUUAAAUGGAAUAAUUAAUAAUUUAAAUAUAGGAGUUUUAGUUUAUGAUCAAAGCUAUAAAUUAAUCUAUAAAACUUAAUAUAUGGAUAAAAUCGAAUCUAUUUUAGAAUCCCAAAAUUAAACUGAAAAUGUUACUUACAAUCCUAAUCGAUCAGAAUCUUAAAAUAUAGUAAAUCUUAAAUUAUUAACUCAAAAAUAAACUGAUAAUAUAUCCUUUUUAGAUGAUAUUAAAGUAAGUGGUUAUUGUCUUAAUGAAAAUAUUGUUAAAAAAACCUUUUCUUUAAAAUAAAUAAUUGAAAAUGUUCAAACUAAUGAUAUUGAAUAUAACUAUUAUAAAUUUAAAACAUUUGGAUCUAAUUAGGAAAAAUUAAGAUAUUAUUUAAAAUUUUCAUUAAUGAAUUAGAAAAAUUAAACUUAGUUUAUAUUUUCUUUUUAAGUAUAUUAAUUGUAAUUUUUAGUUAAUAAACGAAAAUUAUGGAGAUUUUAAAAAAGAUUAAAAGUUUAGAAAUAAUCUAAUAAGCUCAUUUAGCCACAAAUUAAAAACUCCUUUGCAUACAGUUAUUACAUAUUUAGAAACCUGUAUAAAUGAUGAAAAGUUGACGAAAUAAUUUAUAGAUACAUAUAUAAAACCUUGUUAUUGGAACUCAAAGAUAUUGCUAUAUACAAUUUAAGACAUUUUAGAUUAUGUUUCAUAUUAUUCAUAUUAGAGACAAAAUUUGGAUGUAAAAAACAUAAACAUAAUGAAAUUAAUAGCAGAAAUAAAGGAUUUAAUUAUAACUUAAUGUAGUUAGAAGAAUAUAUCAUUUAGAAUCAUUUACAAUAAUGAAGAUUUUGAUUAAAUUUAAGAGUAAAAGAAAGAUAUGUAUUAUUGAAUAGAUUUAUAAUAGAAUUUGUUUUGUAUAAUCAGAUCUGAAUAAGUUAAUGAGAAUUCUAGUGAAUUUAUUAAAUAAUGCAUAUAGAUAUACACCUUAAGGAGGAUUCAUAGAAUUGGAUAUUGAAGAAGUGAGAAGUGGGAAUUCAAGAUAAAUUUAAUUUAUUGUUUCUGAUAGUGGUGUAGGAUUAAGUUAAUAAGCUUAAGAAGAAAUAGCUAAGUAAAUGUAAAUACAUCAAUAUCAAUAAUAAAUGAGAUCAAGAAAGGUAUGUAAGAUUAAAAAUUAUAAUAGUAAAGUUAAUUGUUAACUUAAUCAGUAGAUAAAGGGAAAAGUUAAUAAAAUUCAAAUCAGAAAAACGAAGUAUUAGGGAUAAGUUUGAAGAUAACAACAAAAUUGAUAUAUUAAUUAAAUGGAUCUUGUCCAUUUAAAAUAGAAAGUUUACCAGGUUAAGGAUCGAAGUUUAAGUUUUCUAUAGGUGAUUUAGAUUUGCCAAGUGGAUAACAUCCUUAAUCUGCUAUAAGGUUAAGAAAUUUGGAAUCCUUGAGAUCUAAUAGAAUAUUAGUAGAUUUUCUAACAUUAUAAUAAGAAGCUAAUUGCGAGGUUGAGAAUGAAAAAGCUGUAGUUGGAUAAAUAAAAAAAAUAGAUAGAGUUAAACCAAGUAUGUUAAAAAGUAUUAAUACUAAUUACUUUCGAUAAAAUGCUAGGAUUUCACAAAGAAAUACAAAAUUGAUUUAAGGAUAAACAUAAUUUCGAUAGACAUAGAAAAGGAGUAAAUAAAACUUAGUUGAAGAAUCUGGAGCUAUAGUAGUUGUAGAUGAUGAACCAUUCAAUCAUAUUUCUUUAGAGAUGGUUCUUAAAAGUUUAGGAUAUCAUAGAAUAAUUCAUUGUUAUAAUGGAUAAGAAAUAGUUGAUUUUGUUAAAAGAUAAAAAAACAUUAAAAUUAGAACUAUUUUAAUGGAUGUUGAUAUGCCUGUAAUGGAUGGUAUAACAGCAACGUCAAUACUUUCUAAUUUAAUUGAAGAAGAAAAAAUUAAUCCAUUUUAAAUCAUUGCUUGUACUGCUCAUGAAGAUGAAGACACUAAAUAAUAAUGUUACGAAGCUGGAGUAGAAUAAAUUGUUGUUAAACCAGUCUUCUCUUCAAUUCUUAAAGAUGCAUUGUAAAUCUAACAUUGA